AUGAGGGGUGCAAUAUGUGAGCAUAAGAAAGAUCCAACUAUUAGCCAAAAAGAUAUGCAAGCAUGGGUGCAACAAAAGUUUGAUUUGACUAUUAGUCAAUCAACAAUAUCGAACACUCUCAAAAGGGCGUUGGAAUAUUUGUCAAAUGAGAUGAAAAAUAGCGAUGUUAAAAGGCACAAAUCGGCAAAAUACCCUGAUUUAAAGAAAGUUUUGUAUGAAUGGUUUCUUCAAAGGCAAGAUAAAGUGAACAUGUCUGGAGAAAUUAUCCAGGAAAAAGUAAAAGAGCUUUUGCAAAAAAUAUAUGGUGAAACUAAUCCAGAAUUCAGCUUUUCUAGUGGAUGGUUAGAACGUUUCAAGGCAAGAUAUGGAAUUAAAUCUUACCGACGUUUUGGUGAAAGUGGUUCAGUUAUCAUAGAGAACAUUGAAAAUGCUUUACCUGGAAUACGAUCAAAACUAGACCAGUUUCAGUUGAAGGAUAUUUACAAUAUGGAUGAAACUGGAUUAUUUUAUCGAUUGGAACCUGAUCAUUCACUUGCUACCAAGCAGCUCGAAGGACGCAAAAAAGAUAAGGAGAGAAUUACUGUUGUUGUUUGUUCCAAUGGUGAUGGAUUUGACAAAGUAUCACUUUGGGUUAUUGGUAAGUAUGCAAAUCCUAGGUGUUUUAAAAAUGUGAACAUGAACAAUCUUAAUUGCAAAUAUCGAUCCUACAAGAAAGCUUGGAUGACUGGCUUGCUUUUAAAGAUUUUGUUGAAUUUUGAUGUGAAGACAACAACAAUUGCAAAUUGUUUUCGGCAUUGCAAGAUUCGGUCAGAAGAAAACAAUGUUCCCGAACCAGAAGUUGGUGAAUUAGAUGAAGGUAUCCAAGAAUUAAAUGAUGUCAUCUCUAAUUUACACUAUAGAAAUGUGAUGGAUGUUGAACAUCUUUUGAACUAUCAUAGCGUGAAUGAUGCAGUUAUGGAAUCACCUACAGACGAAGAAAUUAUUCAAUCGGUAAUGAACUGUAAUGAUGAUGAGAAUGAUCCUGAACCAGAUGAUAGUAACGUUGUCCCAAAUAUGUCGUCAAAAGAGGCAUUUCAAGCAAUAGUCACCUUAAGCAACUACUACAACACGAGCAAAAUAUUUCGGAAGUUGUGUAUGCUCUACAAAAAGUUAAGGAUGGGGUUCAUUUUGGUUUAG